GAGAGCCCCUUCUUCAUUUCACCAGCAAUUAAACCACUCCUCAGAUCUAAUGGCCAACCAAUUGAGAGCUUCUUCCUCAUUCUCUUCUGUUCCUUUUUCCACCCGUUCAUACACACACGAUGUGUUUCUGAGUUUCAGGGGUGAGGAUACUCGCUCCGCUUUCACAGGUCAUUUGUACAGGUGUUUGGUUCUUAACAGGAUCAACACCUUCAUAGAUGAUGAGCUUACAAGAGGAGAGGAAAUAUCACAAGCACUUCUCCGAGCCAUUGAAGGAUCAAAGCUCUCCCUCAUCGUCUUCUCCGAAAACUAUGCAUCCUCAAAGUGGUGUUUGGAUGAACUAGUUCAUAUCCUUGGAUGUAGAAGAUCAAAUAACCAAAUGGUUCGGCCAAUCUUUUACAAAGUGGAUCCAUCGGACGUAAGACACCAAAGAGGCAAAUUUGGUGAGGCAGUUGCAGAGCAUGAACGCAGAUUCAAGGAUGACAUGGACAAGGUGUUAAGAUGGAGAGCAGCUCUUUCAGAAGCAGCAAAUUUAUCUGGGUGGCAUUUCUCGGGCGGGUAUGAAUAUGAAUUUAUUGAUAAAAUUGUUGAAGAGAUUACCGCACAAGUAAAAGAACCUAUCUAUUUGGAUAUGCCAAAGUGCCAAGUUGGGCUAGACUCUCGGGUAGAACAUAUACUUGAAAUGUUAGAUGUUGGCGGAAGUGAUGUACGCAUGGUAGGAAUAUGGGGAAUUGGGGGAAUAGGGAAGACAACAAUUGCUAAAGCUGUUCACAAUACAAUUGCCCAUAAGUUUGAUGGUAGCUGCUUUUUGGCAAAUGUUAGAGAAGGUUCAGAGCAACAGGGAGGUUUAGUCAACCUACAAAAUAUUCUUUUGUCUAAGAUUGUGGGGCAGAAAGAAUUGAAAAUAUACAACAUUCAUGAAGGAAUCACUUUGUUGCGUGAAAGGUUGAGAAAUAAAAGGAUUCUCUUAAUUAUUGACGAUGUGGAUAAUUUGGACCAGUUAGAGAAAUUAGCUGGAAGAACUGAUUGGUUUGCUCACGAUAGCAGAGUUAUCAUAACAACAAGAGAUAAGCAUUUGUUGAUUGCUCAUCAAGUGAAACCAAUAUACAAGGUUCAUGAACUAGGUCAUUAUGAAGCUCUUGAGCUCUUCAGUUCAAAUGCCUUCAAGGAUAAUAAGAAUUUAGAUGAUAAUGAGAAACUGUCAGUUACUACUGUUGUUAAAUAUGCUCAAGGCAUUCCACUUGCACUGGAAGUUUUAGGUUCAUAUCUAUGUGAUACCUAUAUACAUAAAUGGCAAGCUAUGUUAGAUGGUUUUAAAAAGAAUCCUCCUAGGCACAUUCAAGAUAUUCUCAUAAUCAGUUAUGAUGGACUGCAAGAUACAGUGCAAAAAGUUUUCCUCGACAUUGCUUGUUUCUUCAGAGGUUGGAAUACAAAUGAUGUGAUACAAAUACUUGAAGGUUGUGAUCGCAUUAACCCCGAGCAUAGUAUUAAAGUUCUCGAAGAAAAGGCUCUCAUAUAUGUUGAUGUAUCUGGUCAAAUUUGCAUGCAUGAUUUGUUGGAAGAGAUGGGAAAAGCUAAAGUUUUGAAAGAGUCUACAGAGCCCGGUGAGCGAAGCAGACUGUGGCAUCACAAGGAUGUGCAGGAUGUUCUAACAGAAAACACGGGAACAAGUAAAAUUGAAGGCAUGAUGGUAAAGAUGCCAAAAGAAGAUGAGAUACGCUUGAGUCCUAAAUGCUUCAAAAAGAUGAGAAAUCUUAAAAUUUUUAUAAACGUCAAUGGACGGUUUUGUGGAAAGGUUGAUUAUUAUCCGAAUCAGUUGCGGUUACUUGAUUGGCCUGACUGUCCAUUGAAAUCUUUGCCCUCCAAUUUUAAUACGAAGAAUCUAGUUCGACUUAGUAUGCCUUGCAGCCGCAUCUCACGUUUUGGAGAAGGAUUCAAGGGUAUGCAAAAUCUGAAAUCCUUAAAUUUGAGUGAAUGUGAAUUCCUAGCACAGAGCCCAGACCUGUCUGGAAGCCCAAACUUAGAGUUUCUGAAUCUAAGCUAUUGGCGAAGUUUAGAGAAGGUUCACCCUUCGGUUGGAUCCCUCAGAAAGCUUGUUGGACUGGAUCUAAGUGAGUGUACGAGUUUAGUGGAGGUUCACCCUUCGGUUGGAUCCCUCGAAAAGCUUGUUACACUGAAUCUUGGAAACUGCCCUAACCUGGAGAGGCUACCUCAAAAAGUCAACUGGAGAUCCCUCGAAACCAUUGAUCUUGACUAUUGCACAAGGCUGGAGAGUUUCCCUGAAAUUGAGGGAGAGAUGAAAUACAUGAAAUCCUUGGGUCUAAACCACACUGGCAUCAAAGCAUUGCAUUCAUCCAUCGGAUAUCUAAUUAACCUUGAAUGUUUGGAGUUAGCAAAUUGUGGAAACCUCACUGAUCUACCUUGCAGCAUUUAUGAAUUGCAAAAUCUGAAGGACGUUCAUUUGCACGAGUGCCCAAAACUUGUAAGAUUCCCAAAUAAGGGGGACUCUGAAGUGCUUCCAUCUUACUCAAAGGUUUCACAUGACAAAGGAUGCAGUUCAAUGGAGCCGCACAAUUUGGCACUAUGUCGAUUCACCGCAAGAGGAUGCGCCACUUUAUCUAAUACUGAUUUCCUUGCGUCCCUUAAUUGGGCACCCACUUCACGUAAAAUUGAUUUAUCAGGAAGCGCCAUUGUUACUCUUUCCGAAUGCAUCAACAAAAUUGGCUACUUGAGGGAACUCAAUUUGAGAGGCUGCAGGAGGCUCGUAGAAAUUCCAGAGCUUCGACCAAGUAUUAUCCGGUUGGAUGUGAGGGAUUGCGUAUCAUUGGAAAGAAUUUCGAAGUUGUCGAGCAUUUUGGAGCGUAAAGAAUCACAAAUGAUUGAGGAGAUGGACUUGACUAAUUGCUGGAGACUCUGUCAAAAUUUGGUUCAGAUGGCAAACAAGGAUGAUGUAUUGGUGGACGCUGAUCUCUUCUCUCGGCUCCUAUCUUCUCAGCAAUUCAAAUUCACAAUUACAUUUCCAGUUCCAAGAAGCGAGGUUCCAAAGUGGUUCAGCUGUCAAAUGGAUUCCAAGGGGCAUCGACGGUUUGAAUUUUGUAUUGAAACACUUGCAAAUUUCAAAUGGGAGAACACAGGAUUGGCUCUCUGUGUUGCUCUUGAUCAAAAGCUGCAACGUACUGAUUUUGAGGUCCAUAUUCACAUCAAUGAAGUACGUGUUUCAAAUCUCCACACACAGCGAGUUGAAUCAGCAGAGUCGAAUCAUGUG